GCCAUGGGGACCUGGCCUCCCAAGCAGCACCAGCCCUCCUGGUAACUGUCAUGAGCCCUUGCGGGGUCCUCAACCUGAGCGUGGCCAGCGACGCGACCACGUGCGCUGCGCCCGGGGUCCCCAACGCGUCGGCGGUGCCACAGUCGGGCGGAUCAGGCACGUCGCCAGCGCUGCCCAUCUUCUCCAUGACCCUGGGUGCCGUGUCCAACGUGCUGGCGCUGGCGCUGCUGGCGCAGGCCGCGGGUCGCCUGAGGCGCCGCCGCUCGGCCGCCACUUUCCUGCUGUUUGUCGCCAGCUUGCUGGCCAUCGACCUGGCGGGCCACGUGAUCCCGGGCGCACUGGUGCUGCGCCUGUACGCGGCGGGGCGCGCGCCGGCCGGCGGGGCCUGCCACUUCCUGGGCGGCUGCAUGGUCUUCUUCGGCCUGUGCCCGCUGCUGCUGGGCUGCGGCAUGGCGGUGGAGCGUUGCGUGGGCGUCACGCGGCCGCUGCUCCACGCCGCGCGCGUUUCGGUGGCU